AUGUUCCUGCGGGGCGGGCUGCACGGGGGUGAGGGCGGGGGACAUGGCGGCGACUGCGCGCCGCCGCCGAUUGUUCCCGGCUUAGGCCUUGGGCCGCGUGCGACGGGCACCGCGGCCGCGGAGCCCCCGCCCCUCUGGGCCGAGCUCGGGGGGGCUGGGGGACACAAAGGAGGGGCGGCGCGCCCGCGUCCCCGCCGCACUCGGGCCUGGGCGCCGCCGGUCGCCGCGCGGCUGCCGCCGGGAAACGGGUUGGGGGGGUUGCCGCGUCCGGCGGGGCCUGACUCUGACCCGCCGCCCCCUGGCGGCUACGCGGAGAAUCGCAGGGCCGCGCUCCCCCUUGUGCGACAUGUGCUGCCGGCCCGGGCUCCAUGAGCGUGGCGGGCACUUUGCAGUCUCGGGUGUUCCUGCCCGGUCUUCUGUUCCUAAACUGCAGCAAAGGGAAAAGGAACUGAAAAAGGCAGGCUCGUCGUUGCAAUAUCACCAAAAGAGAAAAUUAACGGCAUGCCGUCAGGACCACAGCAGUUGGAGAAACAACUCUUUAUCCCGGCUUGCAGCCACGAGGUCUUGAUUGGGGGAGGGGUGGUGAAGAAUAGUCUGUGGGCUGCUUUUUUUUUUCCUUUUACUGGAGCUGUACAGUGGAGUCGGUGAUUGCUGCUGAUCAUAAUCAAGUAUUUUAGGAGCUUAUUUAGACAUGUAUCUGAUAGCUAAGGAUUUUUCAACUUUAUUCUCUUACGUAUUUUUCAGCUGUACAUUAUUGGGCUUUUAAAUCCUGCUAGUAUUGCUCGACUCUUACUCUCACAAAUGGAUGGAAUUAAUUGCUGUUAGGAGGUUGGAAAAUAGCAAAUAUAGAUUUGGACGGUGGUAGUAAUUUUGAGCAAAUAAUGUUUUAUCUUUUUUUUCCUUAUUUUUCCCUAUUCCAGUCAUACACGUGGACCUAACUGCACCAGUAGCUUUUCUGAGAAUACUUGCUGAAAAGGAAGUUUUCUGGAAUGGGUAAGUGUAUUCUGAUUUUCUUGAACUUUUCUUAAAAACAAAUUUUUCUUGCUAUUAAAGUUGAAUAAACAGGAUUGGUUUCUUAGAGAGUAAAAGUAGGUGUUUCUUACUUUAGACAAUGUACCUUUUCUGAAAAACUAACUCAUUAAGUACGGAUUUGCCAAUUUUAAGGUAGUAAAAUUACAGUGUAAAUAUUCCUGUACGUUUUUGGAAACUGGCUUAUGCAGUUUACGAAAUAUAAUUUUAGACCCUCUUUUAAGUUGGGUGAUAAAGUAGAUAUAACCUGAGAUGAUAGAUUUAAACAGGAUAUUUACGUUCUGCUACAAUUGACUGAUAACACUUGAAGUGUAGUCUGAACAGUAAUUUUGUUAAUCAUUUCAACAAGUAUUUGCUAAGUGGAAGCCAGAAGAGGAGGAAAAUGUUUUGCCACGUGGAUGUGAAGAUUUCCUCUAAAAGGUACACAUGGACUAAAUUGCCUUUAAAUGUUCCAAAAUUAGUUCUCAUUUAUUUGCAGUCUCAUUUUGUUUUGUUUUUUUUCUUUAUGUGUCAAUCCAUUUGGGAGAGGCCAGCCAUUGGAAGAGCCACCACUUCCAGUGCUAGUUGGAUGGUUGGUUAUGAUUGCCUUCUGUAAAGAAUUCUUAAGGCAUAAAUACGUGUCUAAAUGGACCUCAUAUCUUUGAGAUAAUUAAACUAAUUUUCUCUACCCCAUUAGGGAUUAUGCCGAAUUUGUAUGGUUUAUAGUUGUUAGAGUUUGAGAUGUUAAUUCUAAUUAUCUAUUUCAAAUUUAGCAGGAAAAAAGAGAACAUCACCUUGUAAAACUGAAGAUUGUGACCAGUCAGAAUAAUGUCAAAGUGCUUACAGUGCAGGUAGUGAUAUGUGCAUCUACUGCAGUGAAGGCACUUGUAGCAUUAUGGUGACAGCUGCCUCGGGAAGCCAAGUUGGGCUUUAAAGUGCAGGGCCUGCUGAUGUUGAGUGCUUUUUGUUCUAAGGUGCAUCUAGUGCAGAUAGUGAAGUAGAUUAGCAUCUACUGCCCUAAGUGCUCCUUCUGGCAUAAGAAGUUAUGUAUUCAUCUAAUAAUUCAAGCCAAGCAAGUAUAUAGGUGUUUUAAUAGUUUUUGUUUGCAGUCCUCUGUUAGUUUUGCAUAGUUGCACUACAAGAAGAAUGUAGUUGUGCAAAUCUAUGCAAAACUGAUGGUGGCCUGCUAUUUCCUUCAAAUGAAUGAUUUUUACUAAUUUUGUGUACUUUUAUUGUGUCGAUGUAGAAUCUGCCUGGUGUAUCUGAUGUGACAGCUUCUGUAGCACUAAAGUGCUUAUAGUGCAGGUAGUGUUUAGUUAUCUACUGCAUUAUGAGCACUUAAAGUACUGCUAGCUGUAGAACUCCAGCUUCGGCCUGUCGCCCAAUCAAACUGUCCUGUUACUGAACACUGUUCUAUGGUUAGUUUUGCAGGUUUGCAUCCAGCUGUGUGAUAUUCUGCUGUGCAAAUCCAUGCAAAACUGACUGUGGUAGUGAAAAGUCUGUAGAAAAGUAAGGGAAACUCAAACCCCUUUCUACACAGGUUGGGAUCGGUUGCAAUGCUGUGUUUCUGUAUGGUAUUGCACUUGUCCCGGCCUGUUGAGUUUGGUGGGGAUUGUGACCAGAAGAUUUUGAAAAUUAAAUAUUACUGAAGAUUUCGACUUCCACUGUUAAAUGUACAAGAUACAUGAAAUAUUAAAGAAAAUGUGUAACUUUUUGUGUAAAUACAUCUUGUCUUGUUUUCAUUCAAAAACAUUUCACUUUUGGGGUUGCGUGUCAGAUUUGGCAGUAUAAAUUCUGGCUAUAUUUUUUGUUGUUAGAUUUAUUUGGCUGUUAAGUAUCGCGAUGUGACUAAACAUACUGUAUACGUGAUGAUCAUCUGUAAAGUUAGAAUAUACCUUUUUGCUUUCUUUGGAGUUAGUGUUAUUCCAGGAUAUUUUACUUAAUCUAAAAGUUAAUUUAUGUUGCUCAUAUAUUACUCAAGUAUUUAAAUUUAGAAUGCCGCUCUGUUUAAAGCAGUGUGUAAAGAUGGGUUUUUUUAAGCAUGGAAUUUAGGGUUGGGGUACAAUUUGUUUCUAUUAAGCGAGUACUAGUUUACCAAUACAUGAGUAACUGAAGUGUAACUGUUAAAUGCUUGUAUACUAGUUUUUCUUUCUGAUUGUCAGUGAUUUAUAAGCUAUAAAUGACCAAGGUCCUCAGACUGCUUUUAGCAUCUGCAACUUAAAAAAAUGGGAGUUAGAAAAAGAACAAAUGCUAAAUAGAGUAACAGUUAAAUGUAUGUGUACACUCUUCCCAAAUGCCAAGAGUGCAGCGGUGGGGUGAGAUUCAGAUAUUCAUUUAUUUCUAAGUCUGUAGUUAACAUUUAUGUUCCCUACUCCCUACGUAAGCCAGACUUUGGCAACAGUGAUAGUUGAUUCCAGGCUUAUUUGACUUAAAGUCACUGAAGUGGAAACUAAGAAGUGGCAGUUAGUGUUUUAUCCAACAUUUCUGCCUUCUCUCUUUUCUUCAUGUGUUUUUGUCUCUAGCCUAUGUGUAUCUGUGUAGAAUAAUGUGGGAUACCUGAAUAAUAGAUUUAAAAGGACCAAGUGGUAAAAUUGGACCCAAGCUGUACAGGCAAACUUGAUGUUUGAAAGAUAAGUUUUGAGAAAUGUCAUUGUAUUUUGGAGUAAAAGAGGCUAUCUUAGUAAUAUAAGAAAUAAACUUCCAUAACACUAGGUUAGACCACCCAGUAAAUCUAGAAAUCAGCUUUUAAAAAUAUUGUCUGAAGUCUAACAAAGUUUUCACCUCUAAUGUGUUCUUUAAGAAAUUUAAGGAACUUAAUCUUGGAUUCCUGAAUAGAAAGGUAAGAAUUCCAUCAUUCUGGAGUUGAUGAAAAGAUAAAUUUUCAGGAUGUGAAAUGAACAGUGAUUUAUAAAAUGGAAAUCAGAUUGUACAUUAGCAGAGUUCUUAAGCUUUUUGAAUUGAAGGAGACCUAAUAAUUGUGUCUUUUUGGUUAUUUAGUGACAAACGUGGCUUUAAAACUAUGCUUAAAAAGUUCCGGCUGGAUGCGGUGGCUCACACCUAUAAUCCUAGCACUUGGGGAGGCUGAGGCGGACGGAUUACCUGAGGUCAGGAGUUCGAGACCAACCUGGCCGACAUGGUGAAACGCUGUCUCUACUAAAAAUAUAAAAAAUUAGCCGGGUGCAGUGGCGUGCACCUUGUAAUCCUAGCUACUCUGGAGGCUGAGGUAGGAGAAUCACCUGAACCUGGGAGGUGGAGGUUUCAGUGAGCUGAGAUCCUGCCACUGCACUCCAGCCUGGGCGCAAGACCAAGACUUCAACGCAAAAAAAAAAAAAAAAGUUUCAUAAUACAGCAUGGUCUGGUAGUUUGCAAAAUGGUGUGCUGUGGUUAUAAGUGAGGAAAGUAUUCUGUUUUACAUUUGUCAGACUAUAUCAUUUUAUUUUAAAGCUUUUGGGGAGAUACACUAGCAAUUCUUUUAAAAAAUGGAACAGUGUGAUAGGAAGCCUGCUGGAUGAUUUCUUAAAUAUUCUAAAAUGUAAGUCAAAUAUGUUUUAAUAACAAAGACUUAAAUGGCUUUUCUCCCUAGAGACUGGAACUAGUAUUCAUUGUGUUCAGAACUUAAUUGGGCUUGAACUGAGAUUUAAAUCUAAUAAACAAGUUAAUAAAUGUGUAUGUUUUGUUGUGGGUUUGGUAGUGAUCUGUGGUUCUAUAGGGUUUAAUAGGAAUUGCUUUUGAUUUGUUUCUGGCUUUAGAAUGUGAGGCAAAUUUUACAUUCUUGGUUCUAUUAAGAUUUUCUUAGGCAUGCUAACAUGCCAAGAAAAAGCCAUGUAAGUAUUGUAUAAAAAGAUUCACAUUGUUAAUUUAGCCAUUUUGAAAUUCAGAUGAGUGAGCAAGUUGAUAAUGGCCUUAUCUCUGACCUGAGAAAAAACAGCUUUGACCCUUGUUCUUAAAAUGCUUUAACCUUGAAGUUGCUUGAGACUUAAGAGGUCAUGUUGCUUUAGGUUUAAUAAAUAGCCUUAACUAUUUGGAGGUGAAAAAAUGGGUCAACAUUUUUUUUUUUUUUUUUUUGGCGUUUGCAUGUACAACUUUCUAUUUUUAGCCUAUAUUUGGAAAGAAAGCACUUAACAUUUUAGGAAUUCUUUUUAAAGCUGCUUGCAAAGUAUUGGUGAUUUUACUGAAAACUUUUGAGAUCUUCAUUUUACAGGCAGACCUGUCUAACUACAAGCCAGACUUGGGUUUUCUCCUGUAGUUUGAAGACACACUGACUCCUGACAAAAUGCAGCCUGCAACUUCCUGGAGAACAACUCAGUGUCACAUUAAAGUUUAUUAUGUAUUUAAUGAUACACUGUUUAAUUGACAGUUCUGCAUAGUUUGUCUAACUUUAGAGAAUUAAGAGCCUCUCAACUGAGCAGUAAAGGUAAGGAGAGCUCAAUCUACACAGAGCCAGUUUUUAGUGUUUGAUGGAAAUAAGAUCAUCAUGCCCACUUGAGACUUCAGAUUAUUCUUUAGCUUAGUGGUUGUAUGAGUUACAUUCUUACUAAAGUCGAAAUUAAUGUAGUUUUCUGCCUUGAUAACAUUUCAUAUGUGGUAUUAGUUUUAAAGGUUUAUUAGGAAAAUGCACAUAUUCCAUGAAUUUUAAGACCCAUAGAAAAGUUGAAGAAUGCUUAAUUUUCUUAUCCGGUAAUGUAAACACACAGACACAACAUUGAGAUGUGCCUAGUUCUGUAUUUACAGUUUGGUCUGGCUGUUUGAGUUCUAGCGCAUUUAAUGUUAAUAAAUAAAAUACUGCAUUUUAAAGCUGUUAAGAAAUUGUCCAGAACGAGAAUAUUGAAAUAAAAACUUCAAGGUUA